UCAUCUCAAGGAUAAAAAAAAAAGAAGAAGCCAAAAGCAUUUCUCUUCUCUCUCUCUCUUAUCCCUCUCGCGAAGAGACACAACACUUCUCUCUCCUCUUGCGUGUAAAAGCUUAGGGUUUCUCCAAGAUUCGCACUCAAAUUAUACCCAUCUCCUGAAGAAUCGAUCCUCAUCUCUUCCGUAAUCUUCUUCUCGACAAGCUUCUCUAUCGACUCAUACAGUUUUCUCCCGUCGCCGUGGAGAAUCGAGCUCGAUUUCAUAACGAUGGUCUGAUUCCUUCGUCUCUGAUUACCCAGAACAAAUGUGUUACUGAAAGAGUCAAGCACCCAUUAUGGAACCACCCGUUAAGAUCAAUUCAAUAUCCGUAGAUCUAGCCAAGGCACCUGAUGAGAUAGACUCCGGGAAAUGCGAACAUUUCUCCAUACGUGGAUUUGUUGCUGAGAUCCGUGGAGGAGAUCACAGAAAGUGUUGGCCGUUCUCAGAAGAUAGUGUUGAGUUAAGGAACCACGAAAGCUACUCUCUUCCUUCUUUAUCCGUUGUGAAGUCUAGGUGGUGGCGUUGUGGUAGCUGCAUCAAAGAUAUCAAUGUCAAGAAGAUCAAUGACAGUGAUUGUGGGUUGCAAUCACACUCGAGGUCUGUUAAGGAGAAGAGCCUCAAAGCUGGCUCUUCUGCAGUUCCAAGUAGAAGAAGAUUGAACUGGCUUAGUGUCUCUGACAAGAAGACAAAGAAGAAUCAAGUAACUGCAGCUACGUUGCUCAAGAAAGUUCGCCGCAGAGGUAAAGAUGCUUCUACCAAUAAGAGCAAAGGUAGCAAACUCGCUACUCCAAAGCAGGUUAAGAAGAGAUCUAAAGUAAGCAGAGAUGCGGUUAAUGGUGGAUUCGGAUCAUCUGAGAUUGCUGGUGUGGUUGAUGAUACGCCUGAUAAGUCAAUCAAGAAGAAUGUUAUGUCUAGUCAUGUUUUGGAGGAACCUGAUAACAAUGUGUCACCACAGAGUAGGAAGCUUAGGAAAACUAGGAAGGUUCGUCUACUCAGUGAGUUGCUGAGUACUAAAAGCAAAGACACUCCGUCGAAAAGAGAAUCAACUAGAGGUAGGAAACGAAAGUCUUGUGGUGAUCGUGAAGAUUGCACAUCUGCUGAGAUGACCAAUUACGCUAGCAGGAUACUAAGCACAAUGGGGAAAACUUCUGAAAACGCUUCCAAGAGUUGCGACUCUGGUGAAGAGUCAAGACCAAGUGGUGAGAGCCAAUCUACUGAUAGUGGAUUUAACAAAGAGGGAAAGCAGAGAGACAGCAGAUUACAGGUUGUGGAAGCAGACACUGCACAAGUGAAUCCUUAUGAAUACGCCAGUCCUGUUCGCUCUUCGUUUUCAGGCAAAGAGAUGGUUCCUUGUCCUCUGCAUGCCCAAAGAACAGAGAAAGAGGACAAAAAGAGAAAAAGGAAAGCUCCUAUAACAGAUUACACUAAGAGUACCAUUAUCACUUUUGGUAACAACAACAUGGAUGAUGGGAAUCUAGUUCAACCGAGAAGGACAGAUACUCUUCCGAGAACUACAAUGCCACAAUCUACUCGAGAUUUCUUGAACUCGAAAUGGCUUGACAACUCUUUUGACAGAGACAAAUAUACCCCUCAGUUUGAUGAUAGGCCUUUCUUUCAACUGCCUUUGCAAGAUCCAAUGCGCUACAAGGAUGGUGAUGGUGCGAUGCUGAAAGGUAUAGGGACUAACCAUUUCCGAAACUUUGGUUCUUCCUUUAACUCCACCAAUGCGGAUGCGUUCUUGAGAACUGGAGUUAAUGUUAACUUCUGCAGCAACAUAGACACCAUUAGUUCAUCUUCGCUGCUGACUGAUAAGCUAAGACACACCUCUUCUACCGAAGUUCCGUAUGGUUCUUGUUCUCUACAAAAGGAUAUCUCCACGGGACAUGGCAAGGGAAAGGCACCUGAGCAUAUAGAUGAUAUUCCCAUGGAGAUAGUGGAGCUAAUGGCAAAGAAUCAAUACGAAAGGUGUCUUCCUGACAGAGAAGAGGACAAACAGCCAACGAGUAGCGUCUCCAAGAAUGCUCUGUUGAUUGAUCUCAAUGAAACAUAUGAUAACAGCAUGGACAACAACAACAACACAACAAGGCAACCAAAACCUCUUGCUUGGAACAGCGACGCGGCCACUAAGGAAGGGCAGUUUAUGGCUGGAAGGCAGUGGAUAAGUAGUGUGCCUUUCGGGGUUGUGAAUCCUCCUGUGUCACAGUUUUCUGGUGUAGUAAGGCCUAAUAGCCAGUGGAUAAGUAGUGUGCCAACAACUAUGGCUAACCAACAGAACCCAUUCAGGGUGCUGCGUGCUUGUAACACUUGCCAAAGUGUUCAACAGCAGCAGAGUAGAGAGGCUUCUCCUCGUCCUGUUUGGGCGUCUUCCCCACCAGUUUCUCUAAACAUGCAGAAGUUUAUGGAUCAGUCAACAAAGGUGGAGAAUCCUAAUACAAGGAACCUGAACUUUACUGAGAACAACGGGAAGCAAAAGCUUGGGUUUGAAGGGGCUAGUAGCAGACCCUUGGACACUUUUUCUAAUGAAAGCAGCAUACCAGCGAUGCACCUGCUGAGCCUCAUGGAUCCAAGGCUGAGGUCUAACGUUCCCGUUGAUCAGAGCCAGAACACUAGCUUUGCGAAGCCACCUGUUCACCAGUCCAAGGAGUUUUUAGGAACUCAACCAGGGAACUCCACAAAGCAGUGGCCUUUUGAUCUUUACAGCAAAAGAGUAGUAACUCCUGAGACUUCUCGUGGCAUCAUUCCACCAGUUGGCACGUCUUCAAUAUCGUUUCAAAGUGAAAAGACUUGUGCAGAAAACGCUGACUUCAGAUUCCAAGCUUCGUGGAAUCAUCAUCAGGAGAAAAAAGACAACGAGUUUGGCCCAACUUACCACAACAGUUCUCAGCAGAAGCAGGUGUUUACAAGCAGCAGCAGCGAUCCAGUGAGGUUCCAGCUUCUUGGAGCAUCAGAUUCCAUGAAGCUACCUCUCAAAUAUCACAUGAAAGAUAAGGCCAAACACAAGUCGAAAAAUCACAACUCCAACGUCUCUGCUUGUCCUCCAACGAGCACCACUUGUGGACGCUUUGUGUGCAUUGUCAGUAGAAACCCAGCUGAAUUCACCAUUCCUGAUGCGCCUGGGAACGUUUAUAUGAUUAAGGGUGAAGAUCUUAAGGUCAGCAAACAGCCGAGCUUCAGGAAGAAACAAAACUUGUGUAAGCAGGAUGCGUUGAUGCAAAACAAGACCUCUUUUGCUCCUCCUGGUGCAGAGAAUGCCUGAAGUAUCUGAUUUGGGAGUUCGUUUUUUGGUCAGUGUGAAGCAGGUAAAGGAACAGGAGAGAGGGGGAUUGUAGAUACAGAGAGACACGCACCAUUCCUCUUUGCUUUCUUAUCAUAGAAGAUUAGUAUCUCCUCUUGUUUCUUUCAAGACAACUUAAAAGACUUUUUUUUGUAUGUUUGAUGUCUCAUCAAGUUCGAGAAUUGUAUUAUGGUAGGGAACAGAGAACAAAAGGGAAAAAAUGUAUCAGGGUGCAACUUGGGAAGGUAUAACUUGCGUCUCUGAACUGAGUACAUUUCUUAUAUGUUAAUGAAAUGGUAUUUUGAAGUGAUG